GGUACGCCAUACUGCAGGCCAUCAUGGAGAAGGCGGGUCAGAACAGCUGGCAGGUGAGCGCCAUAUGCGUGGAGAACUUCGACGAUGCUGCCUACCGCCGGCUCCUGGAGGACCUGGACCGACGGCAGGAGAAGAAGUUUGUCAUCGACCUGGAGGCGGAGAGACUCACCAACAUGCUGGAGCAGGUGAGAUCAGUCAGCCAAUCAGUCAUGGCAGGCAGGCAGGCAGUUAGGCGGGCAGGCAUUUAGGGAGUUAGGCAGUUAGGCAGUUAGGGAGUUAGGCAGUUAGGCAGUUAGGGAGUUAGGGAGUUAGGCAGUUAGGGAGUUAGGGAGUUAGGCAGUUAGGGAGGUAGGCAGUUAGGGAGUUAGGCAGUUAAGGAGUUAGGGAGUUAGGGAGUUAGGGAGUUAGGCAGUUAAGAAGUUAGGCAGUUAAGGAGUUAGGGAGUUAGGCAGUUAGGGAGUUAGGCAGUUAGGGAGUUAGGCAGUUAGGGAGUUAGGCAGUUAGGGAGUUAGGGAGUUAGGGAAGUAGGCAGUUAAGGAGUUAGGCAGUUAGGGAGUUAGGCAGUUAGGGAGUUAGGCAGUUAAGGAGUUAGGGAGUUAAGGAGUUAGGUAGUUAGGGAGUUAGGCAGUUAAGACGUUAGGCAGUUAGGGAGUUAGGCAGUUAGGGAGUUAGGGAGUUAGGCAGUUAAGAAGUUAGGCAGUUAAGGAGUUAGGGAGUUAGGCAGUUAGGGAGUUAGGGAGUUAGGCAGUUAGGGAGUUAGGGAGUUAGGCAGUUAAGAAGUUAGGCAGUUAAGGAGUUAGGGAGUUAGGCAGUUGGGGAGUUAGGGAGUUAGGCAGUUAGGGAGUUAGGGAGUUAGGGAGUUAGGCAGUUAAGAAGUUAGGCAGUUAGGCAGUUAGGGAGUUAGGCAGUUAGGCAGUUAAGAAGUUAGGCAGUUAAGGAGUUAGGGAGUUAGGCAGUUAGGGAGUUAGGGAGUUAGGCAGUUAGGGAGUUAGGGAGUUAGGCAGUUAGGGUGUUAGGGAGUUAGGCAGUUAGGGAGUUAGGCAGUUAGGGAGUUAGGCAGUUAAGGAGUUAGGGAGUUAAGGAGUUAGGUAGUUAGGGAGUUAGGCAGUUAAGACGUUAGGCAGUUAGGGAGUUAGGCAGUUAGGGAGUUAGGCAGUUAGGGAGUUAGGGAGUUAGGCAGUUAAGAAGUUAGGCAGUUAAGGAGUUAGGGAGUUAGGCAGUUAGGGAGUUAGGGAGUUAGGCAGUUAGGGAGUUAGGGAGUUAGGCAGUUAAGAAGUUAGGCAGUUAAGGAGUUAGGGAGUUAGGCAGUUGGGGAGUUAGGGAGUUAGGCAGUUAGGGAGUUAGGGAGUUAGGCAGUUAAGAAGUUAGGCAGUUAGGCAGUUAGGGAGUUAGGCAGUUAGGCAGUUAAGAAGUUAGGCAGUUAAGGAGUUAGGGAGUUAGGCAGUUAGGGAGUUAGGGAGUUAGGCAGUUAGGGAGUUAGGGAGUUAGGCAGUUAAGAAGUUAGGCAGUUAAGGAGUUAGGCAGUUAGGCAGUUAGGGAGUUAGGGAGUUAGGCAGUUAGGGAGUUAGGGAGUUAGGCAGUUAAGAAGUUAGGCAGUUAAGGAGUUAGGGAGUUAGGCAGUUAGGGAGUUAGGCAGUUAGGGAGUUAGGCAGUUAGGGAGUUAGGCAGUUAGGGAGUUAGGGAGUUAGGGAAGUAGGCAGUUAAGGAGUUAGGCAGUUAGGGAGUUAGGCAGUUAGGGAGUUAGGCAGUUAAGGAGUUAGGGAGUUAAGGAGUUAGGUAGUUAGGGAGUUAGGCAGUUAAGACGUUAGGCAGUUAGGGAGUUAGGCAGUUAGGGAGUUAGGGAGUUAGGCAGUUAAGAAGUUAGGCAGUUAAGGAGUUAGGGAGUUAGGCAGUUAGGGAGUUAGGGAGUUAGGCAGUUAGGGAGUUAGGGAGUUAGGCAGUUAAGAAGUUAGGCAGUUAAGGAGUUAGGGAGUUAGGCAGUUGGGGAGUUAGGGAGUUAGGCAGUUAGGGAGUUAGGGAGUUAGGGAGUUAGGCAGUUAAGAAGUUAGGCAGUUAGGCAGUUAGGGAGUUAGGCAGUUAGGCAGUUAAGAAGUUAGGCAGGUUAAGGAGUUAGGGAGUUAGGCAGUUAGGGAGUUAGGGAGUUAGGCAGUUAGGGAGUUAGGGAGUUAGGCAGUUAGGGUGUUAGGGAGUUAGGCAGUUAGGGAGUUAGGCAGUUAGGGAGUUAGGCAGUUAAGGAGUUAGGGAGUUAAGGAGUUAGGUAGUUAGGGAGUUAGGCAGUUAAGACGUUAGGCAGUUAGGGAGUUAGGCAGUUAGGGAGUUAGGCAGUUAGGGAGUUAGGGAGUUAGGCAGUUAAGAAGUUAGGCAGUUAAGGAGUUAGGGAGUUAGGCAGUUAGGGAGUUAGGGAGUUAGGCAGUUAGGGAGUUAGGGAGUUAGGCAGUUAAGAAGUUAGGCAGUUAAGGAGUUAGGGAGUUAGGCAGUUGGGGAGUUAGGGAGUUAGGCAGUUAGGGAGUUAGGGAGUUAGGCAGUUAAGAAGUUAGGCAGUUAGGCAGUUAGGGAGUUAGGCAGUUAGGCAGUUAAGAAGUUAGGCAGUUAAGGAGUUAGGGAGUUAGGCAGUUAGGGAGUUAGGGAGUUAGGCAGUUAGGGAGUUAGGGAGUUAGGCAGUUAAGAAGUUAGGCAGUUAAGGAGUUAGGCAGUUAGGCAGUUAGGGAGUUAGGGAGUUAGGCAGUUAGGGAGUUAGGGAGUUAGGCAGUUAAGAAGUUAGGCAGUUAAGGAGUUAGGGAGUUAGGCAGUUAGGGAGUUAGGCAGUUAGGGCGUUAGGGAGUUAGGCAGUUAGGGAGUUAGGGAGUUAGGCAGUUAAGAAGUUAGGCAGUUAAGGAGUUAGGGAGUUAGGCAGUUAGGGAGUUAGGGAGUUAGGGAGUUAGGCAGUUAGGGAGUUAGGCAGUUAGGGAGUUAGGGAGUUAGGCAGUUAGGGAGUUAGGGAGUUAGGCAGUUAAGAAGUUUGAGAGGCUCACCAACAUGCUGGAGUAGGUCAAUCAAUCAAUCAAUGAAUCUAUACAGUCUAAAACAGGUGACAGCUCCAUUUGGUAAAGCAAAUGACUAGAGGAUACAUUAUUCUUUCAUUUUAAUUUGAGAGCUGCAGUGGAUUUUACAGUUCUAGAGUGCUUAUUUGAAUUACGUUGAAUUAAUUAGCUGCAAACUUGAUUAAUUAAUAUUUAGUGGUACAUUCUGAGAUGGCCCAGAUUGUACCAAACGCAAUUGUGCCAUAUUUUACUAUACAGUCUCAACAUAAUCAUUCAGGUUUAGGUAUAUUCAAUCUAUUAGGUCAAAUUCUAGGAUGUUUGGAUAUCUUCUUGCGCCACUCAGUAGUCAGAGUUAUGAACCGAAUAACCCUCUUCUCUGUUUCAUAGUGUACUCAGCCGCCGUCCCCCAGGCAACCAAUAUCUCACUUUUCAAUCAUUUAAUAAAUCUCAGCUCCGGCAUCUGUCAAUGUGCUAACGACUCUGUGUGUAUGAGAGUGUGUGCGAGUCAGCAUGUGUGUUUGGUGUGCUUGUGUGUGAGCCCCAGACACACCUCCAACAGUACCCAUCGUAUCUCAGUAGGCCUCAGUACACACAACAUCUUGAACAGCAGGUCACAUCUAAUGUAUUGUUUGGUUAUUCAGCAGUAUCUCGUGUAUCCCUAGUAUCACCAGAGAUGCAUAGCUUCUUUUCAACUACCCUCCAGUGUUAUUGUUUCCAAACCGUUUUUUGGUUUCGUUCCCUGGUUAUUUAGCAAUGUCCAGAAAAAUCUGGCUAGCAUUUUUGGAGAAUGGAGCACUGCUAGUGGAAACAAAUUGUAUUUGUUAGCAGUGCAUUCAAACACAUUAGGCUACAUCUUUAAACAAACAACAAUGAAUGCUUUACAGAGCAUUUAUAAAGUUUUCAUCAUCACUACAUAGAUACUGUACCUCACAAAUCAUCUAUAAGCCAAGUCAUACUACAUGGUGACAUAAGCAACAGGGUCGCUGCUAUCCGGGACCCUUGGGACAUCCCAACUCUGACAUUACCCCAUUGAAGUUGAAAUUUAAAGUGGUUAAGGUUAGGGUUAGGUUAGGGUUAUGGUUAGGGUAAAAGUAGGGGUUAAGUUUAGGGUUAGGGUUUAACAGCUGUCUUGAGUUCAAUGUCUGUUUAGCUACUUGAGAUCUGCUUGUGUUCAAUGAAUCAAUGAACAUUCUCUGUGCCAUGCCAGGAGAAUUUUCAUAUUCCCUACUAGCUGGCCUCCGAGAGUGUCUGUCUGUCUGUCUCCUGGUGUGGCACGCAUCCGGAUGCCUACUCAUUGGUUUAGACAGUCUGCACAUCUGAUUUGACUCCCCAUGAAAGACAAUGUUGACGCGAUGCCAAGCCGCACACACUGGGGUGUCAUUCAACUGACAGCCAAUUAAGCUUGCUAAUGCUAAUCCAGUCGGGUUCACGCAACGUUUGUCGAACGUUUGUCCCUUUCCAGUCGAGUUGACUUAAUAUUUCUCUAACGUUUCUCCCUCCCUUCUCUCGCAGAUUGUCAGUGUCGGAAAACAUGUCAAAGGCUACCAUUACAUCAUGGCUAACUUGGUGAGGGAAAAAAUCAUUGCAUGUCUUGACUACACCCUUCUUCUCUCUCUCUCUCUCUCUCUCUCUCUCUCUCUCUCUCUCUCUCUCUCUCUCUCUCUCUCUCUCUCUCUCUCUCUCUCUCUCUCUCUUCUCUCUUCUCUCUCUCUCUCUCUCUCUCUCUCUCUCUCUCUCUCUCUUCUCUCUCUCUCUCUCUCUCUCUCUCUCUCUCUUUCUCUCUCUCUCUCUCUCUCUCUCUCACUCUCUCUCUCUCCCCCCCUCUCUUCACGUCUAUGUAUUUAGUAUUCAGCCCAUUUCCACAGUGACAGUGUAUUAAUGAUGUCCAGAGCAGGACAGCUCAGUGUGUGUGUGUGUGUGUGUGUAUCUGUGUGUGAGUAGUUGAGUAUGUGUGUGUGCAUCUACGUGCGUGUGUGUGCAUGCGUGAGUGACUGUGUGUGUAUGUGUGUGUGUGACAGUACUGGAGGCAUCGGAGCACUGGGCUGGGAGAGAUUACUGUUGGCACAAUCCUUCUUACUAGCCCUCUGCUGCAGAAGCAGGGCGUCGACAGAAAUCAGGCUCAGCCGGUGAUCCCAGUUCUUAGAAAAGGGGAAAAAACUGUCUGGUAUCCUUUUUUGUUGCGGUAUAACAUACAGUGUUCUGCCUCUCUCCCACUCCCUCUUUCUCUUCCUCUCUCUCUCUCCUCUGUUUAUUUCUCUCCCUCUUUCUCUUUACUUCUCUCCAUAAAUGUCUUUCUCUCCCUCUCUCUCUCUCUCGAUAUCUCUCUAUCUCUGCCCUCUGCAUACCUACAUCCAUCCCUAACUCCCCGUCUCCCCUCCCUCUCUCUCUCUCUCUCUCUCUCUCUCUCUCGAUCUCUGCCCUCUGCAUACCUACAUCCAUCCCUAACUCCCCGUCUCCCCUCCCUCCCCCCUCUCUCUCUCUCUCUCUCUCGAUCUCUGCCCUCUGCAUACCUACAUCCAUCCCUAACUCCCCGUCUCCCCUCCCUCCCCCUCUCUCUCUCUCGAUCUCUGCCCUGUGCAUACCUACAACCAUCCCUAACCUCCCGUCUCUCCUCCCUCCCCUCUCUCUCUCUCUCUCUCUCUCGAUCUCUGCCCUCUGCAUACCUACAUCCAUCCCUAACUCCCCGUCUCCCCUCCCUCCCCUCUCUCUCUCUCUCUCUCUCUCUCGAUCUCUGCCCUCUCCAUACCUACAUCCAUCCCUAACUCUCCGUCUCCCCUCCCUCUCUCUCUUUCUCUCUCUCGAUCUCUGCCCUCUGCAUACCUACAUCCAUCCCUAACUCCCCGUCUACCCUCCCUCCCCCCUCUCUCUCUCUCGAUCUCUGCCCUCUGCACACCUACAUCCAUCCCUAACUCCCCGUCUCCCCUCCCUCCCCCCUCUCUCUCUCUCUCUCGAUCUCUGCAUACCUACAUCCAUCCCUAACUCCCCGUCUCCCCCCCCCUCUCGAUCUCUGCCCUCUGCAUACCUACAUCCAUCCCUAACUCCCCGUCGCCCCUCCCUCCCCCCCCCCUCUCUCUCUCUCUCUCUCUCUCUCGAUCUCUGCCCUCUGCAUACCUACAUCCAUCCCUAACUCCCCAUCUCCCCUCCCUCCCCCCCUCUCUCUCUCUCUCUCUCUCUCGAUCUCUGCCCUCUGCCCUCUGCAUACCUACAUCCAUCCCUAACUCCCCGUCUCCCUCCCUCCCCCCUCUCUCUUUCUCUCUCUCGAUUUCUGCCCUCUGCAUACCUACAUCCAUCCCUAACUCCCCGUCUCCUCUCCCUCCCUCCCCCCUCUCUCUCUCUCUCAAUCUCUGCAUACCUACAUCCAUCCCUAACUCCCCGUCUCCCCUCCCCCCUCUCUCUCUCUCAAUCUCUGCCCUCUGCAUACCUACAUCCAUCCCUAACUCCCCAUCUCCCCUCCCUCCCCCUCUCUCUCUCGAUCUCUGCCCUCUGCACACCUACAUCCAUCCCUAACUCCCCGUCUCCCCUCCCUCCCCCCUCUCUCUCUUUCAAUCUCUGCCCUCUGCAUACCUACAUCCAUCCCUAACUCCCCGUCUCACUCCCUCCCCCCUCUCUCUCCCAGGGUUUUAAGGACAUCAACCUCGAGCGCUUCAUGCACGGCGGGGCCAACGUGUCGGGCUUCCAGCUGGUGGACUUCAGCAACCCCAUGGUCAUCAAGCUGAUGCAGCGCUGGAACAAGCUGGACCAGAGGGAGUACCCGGGCUCCGACAGCCCCCCGAAGGUAACACCCUGCCUGGGGUUAAGUCCUCUCAUCUCCUCUAAUGUCAUGCCUUUUCCCCCGUUCGCUGAAGAGCAACAGCCCCCCGAUGGUACACCAUGCCUGGGGUAAGGUCCUCUCUCCUCUCCCCUAAGGUUCUCUCCUGUAUCUCUCCUCUAAGGCUUGGGGGAUAGCACCCAUGGAGAAUUUAACAGAGCUGAGCCUGUGUCAAUACAAUUCUUCAGUAGAUAACCUCUAGUUCUGAAUCUGACUGGCUGUCUGACUGACUGUGUGCACGAUUGCUUUAGACUCUGGUCAGUCUGGUCUGGUGCAUGGGAAGGUGGCUUUAGGAUUCUACAGGACCAACUGCAGAAGUGCAGGUUAGCCUGCUAUCUCCCAUCUAGGGCAUGGUGAGGUUUACACACACACACACACACGCACUUAGAAUACCUUACAGUACCUGCUAACUGUGGUGCAGUCUCGUAGAGAAGUUCAGGCUAUGGGAUUGUGUCUCAAUCUCUUCUCUGUCUCAUACCUGUGGACUUUCUUAGUAUUGGAAUAGUUUAUCCCAAUGCCUGAGGGAGCUCCACUCUUGCUAGGGGCCAUGAGGACUGGUGCAUUUUAGCCUGCUGCACUUGAAUGCACUGGACCCCACUCUGUGAUCAGGCUUAGCUUGGCUGGGCUGGGGUGGACUACAGUGGGGUAAAGGGACAGUUCCCUGUUUUUGUAGUUCUAGCUGAUUUUCGACAUACUGAGGGUGUCGUUGUUUCAUCCAAACAAUUUUUUUAUCUUGUUUGUUGGUUAUUUAACAACGUCCAGAGUGUAGCAAGCUAAUGGAAAAGGUUAAAAAAGCCUGGGGAAAUAAAUAGCACAGUGGUUCAAUAAAUGUUUACUAGCAUGGCUUCAUGCUCCAAAAAUGCUAGCCAGAAUAUUCUGGACGUUGCUAAUUAACCAGCUAAGGAACUUAAAAUGGUUUGGAUGAAACAUCAACAAAGAAGUUGAAAAUAAGCUAAAACUUGGAAAAAAAUAUGAACUCUCCCUUUAAGGGGCUCUGCAACCAGCAGUCACCCACCACCCGGACACAUCUGUGCGUCAUGAGUCAGAAGCUCUGAGCACUGAUCUGAGCAGAAUUUCCUAGGAAUAGAUGGGAGAAGGAGGGAGGAGGGAGGGAGGGAGGGAAAGAAGGUGGGCUUUAGGGGAGAGGGAGGGGAUGGAGGGAUGAAUGGAGGGAGGGAGGGCCCUAGCUGUGAGAUUGUGAUGGACUGACCCAUUUAAGCUAUACUGCUGUGACACGCCAAGCAGUGUAUGAGUGGGUUUUUGCUCCAAUAUCCAGGCAGAUCACUCAAGAUUGACUUCAUAAUUGAACAUCUGUCCAUGGGCUCCCGAGUGGCGCAGUGGUCUAAGGCACUGCAUCUCAAUGCUUGAGGCGUCAUUACAGACCCCCUGGUUCGAUUCCAUGCUGUAUCACAACCGACCGUGAUUGGGAGUCCCAUACGGCGGCGCACAAUUUGUCCGGUGUAGGCUGUCAUUGUAAAUAAAAAUGUGUUCUUAACAGACUUCCCUAGUUAAAUCAAAUCAAAUCAAAUAAAAAUGUCCUGAGGAUGUCGGGAAAUGCUUUCAAGACUGGCCACUAGGGGCAACAGUGAGCGCUAUUUCCAUUAAGUAGGCUUGGGUUUUGCGUUGUGGACAGGGGUGGUGAAUGGGCGUAAUUCCAUGACUCCGAAUCCGAAGGUUUCGUGUUCUAUCCCAGUGGUAGACACUCAUUUUUUAUUUUAUUUUAUCCUAUCCCUUAACUUAACCAUGCCUAAACGUAAUGUUUUAAUCCUAUCCAAAACCUUAACCCUUAACUACGAAAUUUGACGUUUGGAGAAAAGGAACUGUCUUGAGAAGGAGCAGUCAAUCCAGGGUGUCAAAAACAUUUUGAAAUGUGAUGUUUGGAGCAACUUUGAAAUUUGACGUUUGGAGAAAUGUGGUAAACAUCAGAAUCUAAAGUGAAAUUGGUAAAACCGUGAGAUCAAUAUCGCCAUUCCAAUGUUCUCCCUACCAAACAGCCCCUCUGCUGUACAGUAACACCAUCCAUUGUUUUUUUAUUUUGUAAUUAGUGGAGCCCAACUGUGUUCUGGUCACAGUCUAGAUCAAGGAUGUCAAACAUACGGCCCGUGAAGGGUUUUGGUCAAAAGUAGUGCACUAUAUAGUGAAUAAACUAUUAGAAAUAUCGGUUCCAAAAUGUCCCCAUAGGAGAACCCUUUUUGGUUCCAGAUAGAACUCUUUUGUGUUCCAUGUAGAAGCUGUUUGGGAAAGGGUUCUACAUGGAACCCAAUAUGGUUCUACCUGGAACCAAAUGGUUUCUACCUGGAACCAAAAAGUGUUCUUUAAAGGGUUCUCCUAUAGUGACAGCCAAACAACUAUUUUAGGUUCUAGAUCCUUCCCAGGUCCAAGAACAAAGGCAGUAUUUCAUUAUAACCUGUAUUAUAUCACACUUUGGAUUUGUUGUGAUUCCAAAAACGAUGGAUAGGGCCCCAUAUUUAGCAAUUUUGCUGGCAAGGAAAUAUAUAACAUUUUCAGUGCGGCCCUCCGGACCUCGUUGAAGACCGAAUGCGACCCCUGGGGCAAAAUUAGUUUGACACCCCUGGUCAAAACAGCCACAACACCCUCAUCUCCCCAUUCAUAACUCCUUGGCAGGACUGUCCCUCUUUUCUAUUUACAGUUGAAGUCGGAAGUUUACAUACACUUACAGUAGCUGUUCAGGAGUCUUAUGGCUUGGCGGUAGAAGCUGUUAAGAAGCCUUUUGGACCUAGACUUGGCGCUCCGGUACCGCUUGCCGUGCGGUAGCAGAGAGAACAGUCUAUGACUAGGGUGGGUGGAGUCUUUGACAAUUUUUAGGGCCUUCCUCUGACACUGCCUGGUAUAGGUUCUGGAUGGCAGGAAGCUUGGCCCCAGUGAUGUACUGGGCCGUACGCACUACCCUCUUUAGUGCCUUGCGGUCGGAGGCCGAGCAGUUACCAUACCAGGUGGUGAUGCAACCAGUCAGGAUGCUCUCGAUGGUGCAGCUGUAUAACAUUUUGAGGAUCUGAGGACCCAUGCCAAAUCUUUUCAGUCUCCUGAGGGGGAAUAGGCUUUGUUGUGCCCUCUUCACGACUGUCUUGGUGUGUUUGGAUCAUGAUCGUUUGUUGGUGAUGUGGAUACCAAGGAACUUGAAGCUCUCAACCUGUUCCACUACAGCCCUGUUGAUGAGAAUGGGGGCAUGCUCAGUCCUCUUUUUUUUCCUGUAGUCCACAAUCAUCUCCUUUGUCUUGAUCACGUUGAGGGAGAGGUUGUUUUCCUGGCACCACACGGUCAGACCUCCUCCCUAUAGGUUGACUCAUCGUUGUCGGUGAUCAGGCCUACCACUGUUGUGUCGUCGGCAAACUUAAUGAUGGUGUUGGUGUCGUGCCUGGCCAUGCAGUCAUGGGUGAACAGGGAGUACAGGAGGGGACUGAGCAUGCACCCAUGAGGGGCCCCCGUGUUGUUACCUACCCUUACCACCAGAUGUGUUGUUACCUACCCUUACCACCUGGGGGGGGCCGUCAGGAAGUCCAGGACCCAGUUGCAGAGGGACGUGUUUAGUCCCAGGGUCCUUAGCUUAGUGAUGAGCUUUGAGGGCGCUAUGGUGUUGAACGCUGAGCUGUAGUCAAUGAAUAGCAUUCUCAAGUAGGUGUUCCUCUUGUCCAGGUGGGAAAGGGCAGUGUGGAGUGCAAUAGAGAUUGCAUCAUCUAUGGAGUGGGUCAAGGGUUUCUGGGAUAAUGGUGUUGAUAUGAGCCAUGAUCAGCCUUUCAAAGCACUUUAUGGCUACAGACUUGAGUGCUAUGUGUCGGUAGUCAUUUAGGCAAGUUAUCUUAGUGUUCUUGGGCACAGGGACUAUGGUGGUCUGCUUGAAACAUGUUGGUAUUAUAGGCUCAGUCAGGGACAUGUUGAAAAUGUCAGUGAAGACACUUGCCAGUUGGUCAGCGCAUGCUUGGAGUACACGUCCUGGUAAUCCGUCUUGCCCUGCGGCCUUGUGAAUGUUGAACUGCUUAAAAGUCUUACUCACAUCGGCUUCGGAGAGCGUGAUCACACAGUCAUCCAGAACAGCUGAUGCUCUCAUGCAUGCUUCAGUGUUGCUUGCCUCGAAGCGAGCAUAGAAGUGAUUUAGCUCAUCUGGUAGGCUCGUGUCACUCGGCAGCUCGCGGCUGUGCUUCCCUUUGUAGUCUGUAAUAGUUUGCAAGCCCUGCCACAUCCGACGAGCAUCGGAGCAGGUGUAUUGUGAUUCAAUCUUAGUCCUGUUUUGACUCUUAGCCUGUUUGUUGGUUCGUCGGAGGGCAUAGCGAGAUUUCCAUGAAAGCGGCAGCUCUACCCUUUAGCUCAGUGCGGAUGUUGUUCUGGUUGGGGUAUGUACGUACGGUCACUGUGGGGACGACGUCAUCGAUGCACUUAUUGGGGCAGUUCUUACACAGUAUGUAUUGUUGUGUAUGGGAGAUAGAGGAGAAAUGGCACCUCUCAAUCGCUCUCAUACACAACAAUACAUUUACUGUCUCUAAGCACAACCCUGCACAACCAAAAAAUACCUGUCUAUAAACCUCCCCCAGCCCCAUGACUUUGACAGAUCAUUCCUGUUAAUAGUAGCCCUUGGCAGGGGGAUUUUGUGUGUAAUGGAAGAAGGCCGACAGAAACAUGUUGUCAUUGAAAAAUAUGUGUGGUGUACUCCUCAAUGCCAUCGGAAGAAUCCCAGACAUAUUCCAGUCUGUGCUAGCAAAACAGUCCUGUAGCUUAGCAUCUGCGUCAUCUGACCACUUCCUUAUUAACCGAGUCACUGGUGCUUCCUGCUUUAGUUUUUGCUUAUAAGCAGGAAUCAGGAGGAUAGAAUUAUGGUCAGAUUUGCCAAAUGGAGGGCGAGGGAGAGCUUUGUACGCGUCUCUGUGUGUGGAGUAAAGGUGGUCUAGAGUUUUUUUUCCUUUGGUUGCACAUUUAACAUGCUGGUAGAAAUUAGGUAGAGCGGAUUUAAGUUUCCCUGCAUUAAAGUUCCCGGCCACUAGGAGCGCUGCCUCUGGAUGAGAUUUUUGCUGUUUGCUUAUGACCUUAUACAGCUCAUUGAGUGCAAUCUUAGUGCCAGCAUCGGUUUGUGGUGGUAAAUAGACAGCUACGAAAAAUAUAGAAGAAAACUCUCUUGGUAAAUAGUGUGGUCUACAGCUUAUCAUGAGAUACUCUACCUCAGGCGAGCAAAACCUCAAGACUUCCUUAGUAUUAGAUUUCGUGCACCAGCUGUUGUUUAGAAAUAUACACCGUCACCCCUUGUCUUACCGGAGUCAGCCGUUCUAUCCUGCCGAUUUAGCGUAUAUCCCGCCAGCUGUAUGUUGUCCAUGUCGUCGUUCAGCCACGACUCGGUGAAACAUAAGAUAUUACGUCCGACUCGUUGAAGAAAAAAGAUUUGUCUAAUACGAGGUGAGUAAUCGCUGUCCUGAUAUCCAGAAGCUCUUUUUGGUCAUAAGAGACGGUGGCAGAAACAUUAUGCACAGAAUAAAUUACAAAUAACGCGGAAAAAAACACACAUAAUAGCACAAUUGGUUAGAGGGUAAAAAUAAUUGAUACCAGGCCACACUAGACUAAACUCUCAGACCCCUUUUUCGCCCCUCUUGAUAUUUUCUGUCUGUCUGUCCUGUCCGAGGGAGAGAGAGAGAGAGGAAAGAGAGAGGAGAGAGAGAGAGAGAGAGCAGAGAGACGAGAGACGGAGCAGAGAGACGAGAGAGAGAGAGAGAGAGAGAAGAGAGAGAGAUGAGAGAGAGAGAGAGAGAAGAGGGAGAGGAGAGAGAGAGAGAGAGGAGAGAGAGAGAGAGAGGGGAGGAGAAAGAGAGAGAGAGAGAGAUUGAAUCUAAGUAUCCUCUCGAGAUAGAGAGUAGGGGAUGGAGGCCUAGAGAGAGAAGGAGAGAAGGGAAGGAGGAGUGAAAGGAUCUCACAGAAAUCGAGGUACGCCGCAGCACAUCGAGAGCUGACGUAUAGCAAUCCACUCCGAAACGCAACAUCGGAAUGUCAGAACCCCAACCUCCAGAAAUCUUACUUUACCUUUACUCGCACCUCUCUAUCUAACUUUCUUUCUCUACACACUCUCAAUGUACCAUAUGGCUCACACAGAAGAAAGUUUUCGACCCUAAAAAGUCCCUCCCUUUUCAUAUAUGCUUCAACUCUGUUAUCAUCGAUUUCUAGACUCAAGAAAAAAGAAGAAUAGAAAAGAAAGUAAAUAACGAACUAAUACGAACCCUCCAUACCCCCAUCCUCCCUCCCUCGUAAUCUCUCUCUCUCGUAUCUCUCUCUCUCUCUCUCUCUCUCUCUCUCUCCAUCUCUCUAUCCCCUAUGGCUCCUUUGGUCAUGUGCUCUUUUGAGCACUAUCUAAUCUGGCACCUAGUUUUGGCGAGUCAAGGCAAUGUGGAUGGGUGAUGCUUAGGCCAUGGCGGGCACAUAUCGACACACACUCACACACACACACACACACACACACACACACACACACACACACACACGCACACUCACUCACAUGCUACUGUAUAUUCUCCCUUGGGAGAGGUUAAAUAAAGCUACUCAAGCAAGAUUGUCAGCGGGAAUCACAAAUCUCAGCUGGCGUGUUGACUUGUGGAAAUUACAUUGAAGACUAUCAGCCUGACAAUUUGAAGGUUGGUGGCACCUUAAUUGGGGAGGACAGGCUCGUGGUAAUGGCUGGAGCGGAAUGAGUGGGAUGGUAUCAAAUACAGCAAACACAUGGUUCCAGCCAUUAUUAUGAGCCGUCCUCCCCUCAGCAGCCUCCACUGAAUUGGAGAGAGCAAUUUUCCCCGUUAGCUAAAUAAGCAUUUCUAUUUCUCAUGACCGUUGGUCUGUGACAGUUGGAAAAUGUGCCUCUAACAUCCAUUGUGAUUUGAUAAAAAGGGAAGAAGGAGAGCGAGAGAGGGAUGAAGCCAAAGAGUGAAACAGAGAGCGUCAAUGAGAGCACCAUAGUCCUUAUAUAGUGCACAACUUUUGACCAGAGCUCUAUGGGCCCUCUCUCUGAGUACACAUACUCUUGUAUAUACUCUUAAAAAGGGUUCUAAUAAAGGAUUAUUUUACUACAGGGACAUUUUUCAUCUGAUAAUAUACUUUGUUACAUUUUCCAUGGAAGAAGGGGUCCUUCGACUAGCCGAAGAAUCCAUUAUGGUUCCAGGUAGUUGUUGUUAAAGAGUGUAGGUACAGUAGAUAAUGUCAGUAUUAGGUUUAUACUGCCCGCUGCUCAUACACACGCACGCACACACACACACACACGCACGCACACACACACACACACACACACACACACACACACACACACACACACACACACACACACACACACACACACACACACACACACACACACACACACACACACACACACACACACACACACACACACACACACACACAACACACACACACACACACACACACACACACACACACACACACACACGUUCUCUCUCUCUCUCUCGCUCUCUCUCUCUCUCUCUCUCUCUCUCUCUCUCUCUCUCUCUCUCUCUCUCUCUCUCUCUCUCUCGCUCUCUCACAAACACACACCAUCCACUGUCUGUCAGCAGCACACUGAUUGGUAAUGCUCUGCCUGGUUCUGGCCAACCUGAUCCUCAUAUGAGCCAUGACAAGCUGGUGUGAGCGGCUACACUGUUACUGCCUUCAUCUGUAACACAUUACUGAAUCUCUCUCUCUCUCUCUAUUUCUCUCUCUCUCUCUCUCUCUCUCUCUCUCUCUCUCUCUCUCUCUCUCUCUCUCUCUCCCUCUCUCUCUCUCUCUCUCUCUCUUUCUCUCUCUUUCUCUCUAAACUUGUACUUUAUGACAAGUUUAUUGUUAGGUGGUUGCUAGUGAAUUUGGCGUGACAUGGCGAGAGAGUUAGUCACAAUGACACAAUGUACCUUGCUGCAUCACAGGCAUUAUGAAAGUACACUGCUCCAAAAAAUAAAGGGAACACUUAAACAACACAUCCUAGAUCUGAAUGAAUGAAAUAAUCUUAUUAAAUACUUUUUUCUUUACAUAGUUGAAUGUGCUGACAACAAAAUCACACAAUAAUUAUCAAUGGAAAUCAAAUUUAUCAACCCAUGGAUGUCCCAGAUGUGCUCAAUUGGAUUCAGGUCUGGGGAACGGGCGGGCCAGUCCAUAGCAUCAAUGCCUUCCUCUUGCAGGAACUGCUGACACACUCCAGCCACAUGAGGUCUAGCAUUGUCUUGCAUUAGGAGGAACCCAGGGCCAACCGCCCCAGCAUAUGGUCUCACAAGGGGUCUGAGGAUCUCAUCUCGGUACCUAAUGGCAGUCAGGCUACCUCUGGCGAGCACAUGGAGGGCUGUGCGGCCCCCCAAAGAAAUGCCACCCCACACCGUGACUGACCCACCGCCAAACCGGUCAUGCUGGAGGAUGUUGCAGGCAGCAGAACGUUCUCCACGGCGUCUCCAGACUCUGUCACGUCCGUCACAUGUGCUCAGUGUGAACCUGCUUUCAUCUGUGAAGAGCACAGGGCACCAGUGGCGAAUUUGCCAAUCUUGGUGUUCUCUGGCAAAUGCCAAACGUCCUGCACGGUGUUGGGCUAUAAGCACAACCCCUACCUGUGGACGUCGGGCCCUAAUACCACCCUCAUGGAGUCUGUUUCUGACCGUUUGAGCAGACACAUUCACAUUUAUGGCCUGCUGGAGGUCAUUUUGCAGGGCUCUGGCAGUGUUCCUCCUGCUCCUCCUUGCACAAAGGCGGAGGUAGCAGUCCUGCUGCUGGGUUGUUGCCCUCCUACGGCCUCCUCCACGUCUCCUGAUGUACUGGCCUGUCUCCUGGUAGUGCCUCCAUGCUCUGGACACUACGCUGACAGACACAGCAAACCUUCUUGCCACAGCUCGCAUUGAUGUGCCAUCCUGGAUGAGCUGCACUACCUGAGCCACUUGUGUGGGUUGUAGACUCCGUCUCAUGCUACCACUAGAGUGAAAGCACCGCCAGCAUUCAAAAGUGACCAAAACAUCAGCCAGGAAGCAUAGGAACUGAGAAGUGGUCUGUGGUCACCACCUGCAGAACCACUUCUUUGUUGGGGGUGUCUUGCUAAUUGCCUAUAAUUUCCACCUGUUGUCUAUUCCAUUUGCACAACAGCAUGUGAAAUUUAUUGUCAAUCAGUGUUGCUUCCUAAGUGGACAGUUUGAUUUCACAGAAGUGUGAUUGACUUGGAGUUACAUUGUGUUGUUUAAGUGUUCCCUUUAUUUUUUUGAGCAGUGUAUAUUUGUAAUGCCCAGUAUACAGUAGCCUGGUUGCUGUCUCUGUUCAGCUAUUACAUUCUACUCCUUGCCACUCCUGUCAUUUGCCAAAGACAGGAGUAGAAUGUUAGCUAAAAAGACUGGUACCCAGACUAUGCUGUACACACACACCCCAUCCCCCCACAACACACACCUGACGCGUCACUCCUGUUCCCCAGUACACGUCGGCUCUGACCUACGACGGCGUGAUGGUGAUGGCGGAAGCCUUCAGGAACCUGCGUAGGCAAAAGGUGGACAUCUCUCGCAGGGGUAACGCUGGGGACUGUCUGGCCAACCCUGCCGCCCCAUGGAACCAGGGUAUCGACAUGGAGCGCACCCUCAAACAGGUAACUAACACUGCACAUCAAAGCCAUUUCGGUUCAUGAAAUACCUACAGUAAGACUCAUGUGAAGGUGAAAUUAUAGAGGAGGAACUUCUGGAUGCAAUUAAAGACUUUAAGUCCGGGAAAACACCAGGGUUGGAUGCCAUACCAGUCGAGGUAUACAGUGGGGAGAACAAGUAUUUGAUACACUGCCGAUUUUGCAGGUUUUCCUACUUACAAAGCAUGUAGAGGUCUGUAAUUUUUAUCAUAGGUACACUUCAACUGUGAGAGACGGAAUCUAAAACAAAAAUCCAGAAAAUCACAUUGUAUGAUUUUUAAGUAAUUAAUUUGCAUUUUAUUGCAUGACAUAAGUAUUUGAUCACCUACCAACCAGUAAGAAUUCCGGCUCUCACAGACCUGUUAGUUUUUCUUUAAGAAGCCCUCCUGUUCUCCACUCAUUACCUGUAUUAACUGCACCUGUUUGAACUUGUUACCUGUAUAAAAGACACCUGUCCACACACUCAAUCAAACAGACUCCAACCUCUCCACAAUGGCCAAGACCAGCGAACUGUGUAAGGACAUCAGGGAUAAAAUUGUAGACCUGCACAAGGCUGGGAUGGGCUACAGGACAAUAGGCAAGCAGCUUGGUGAGAAGGCAACAACUGUUGGCGCAAUUAUUAGAAAAUGGAAGAAGUUCAAGAUGAAAGUCAAUCAACCUCGGUCUCGGGCUCCAUGCAAGAUCUCACCUCGUGGGGCAUCAAUGAUCAUGAGGAAGGUGAGGGAUCAGCCCAGAACUACACGGCAGGACCUGGUCAAUGACCUGAAGAGAGCUCCGACCACAGUCUCAAAGAAAACCAUUAGUAACACACUACGCCGUCAUGGAUUAAAAUCCUGCAGCGCAUGCAAGGUCCCCCUGCUCAAGCCAGCGCAUGUCCAGGCCCGUCUGAAGUUUGCCAAUGACCAUCUGGAUGAUCCAGAGGAGGAAUGGGAGAAGGUCAUGUGGUCUGAUGAGACAAAAAUAUAGCUUUUUGGUCUAAACUCCACUCGCCAUGUUUGGAGGAAGAAGAAGGAUGAGUACAACCCCAAGAACACCAUCCUAACCGUGAAGCAUGGAGGUGGAAACAUCAUUCUUUGGGGAUGCUUUUCUGCAAAGGGGACAGGACGACUGCACCGUAUUGAGGGGAGGAUGGAUGAGGCCAUGUAUCGCGAGAUCUUGGCCAACAACCUCCUUCCCUCUGUAAGAGCACUGAAGAUGGGUCGUGGCUGGGUCUUCCAGCAUGACAACGACCCGAAACACACAGCCAGGGCAACUAAGGAGUGGCUCCGUAAGAAGCAUCUCAAGGUCCUGGAGUGGCCUAGCCAGUCUUCAGACCUGAACCCAAUAGAAAAUCUUUGGAGGGAGCUAAAAGUCCGUAUUGCCCAGCGACAGCCCCGAAACCUGAAGGAUCUGGAGAAGGUCUGUAUGGAGGAGUGGGCCAAAAUCCCUGCUGCAGUGUGUGCAAACCUGGUCAAGACCUACAGGAAACGUAUGAUCUCUGUAAUUGCAAAAAAGGUUUUUGUACCAAAUAUUAUGUCAUGCAAUAAAAUGCAAAUUAAUUACUUAAUUCAGUCUAAUAUGGCCAAUCAGGACACAGAACACAAUUUAUGAGUUAAUAAAAUGUUCCUAUCCUCAUCAUUAAUUAUGUUUAAGAAGGCUAAAAAGGCAGCAUGGAAUUCCUGACUGACCAUACUGCCAUGGCUAUAAACUGAAAAAAAAAGAUGUAAGAGCGCUUCCCUGGUGGAGCAGAGCAUAAAAGACCUGGAUUGAGAUUAAAUUCUGUUCAAAUGUCUUAUGAAUUAAGUAAUGUGCAGUUUGUCAACAUAUGUAGUGUAAAAAUAUGUUUGUAUGAUUAAAUGUCCUAUAAAUGAAAUUAAAAUGCCAUGUGUGUCUAUAUCACCUUGUAGUGUUCCUACAAUACAAUCCUCAAAUGUGAAUUCCAAUCAAAUCUGGAGAGAACUAUAAUGGGGAUGUAUUCCAAACUGCUUUCUUUUGCUUUAAGGAGCUACAUAAAAAUGUGCAUGCUGCGAAUGUUGUGGUAAUAUUAUGUCAAACGUAAAUAUAAAAUGUUCUAAAUGUUAUUGAAAUGUUCUGAGGACCUCCGAGAUAAGGUAAAAUGUAUAUUGUGUCAACAUCAAUGGAAUAUUAUGUUAAACCUAAAACAAAUAUGCUAUGAAUGUCAUAAAAACUGACUUAUUUGGAAAUUGUGGAACAUUAUGCAACAUUGUGGGAAUGUUCUGUGCAACCUUAAACAUUGUAUGAACAUUGUAUGAAUGUCAUCAUAACUGAGCAUAUUUUGUGUUUUGGAAACCUAUCUCUUGUAAUGUAUCCACACUGUUCCCACAACCUAAAUGUUCAGGGAACCAUUAAAUAACUCAGAAUGGCUGUUCUGAAAAAAAAAAUGCAACAUCAAAUGAAUGUUUUGUGCACCCUGAUACAAACAUUAUCUGAAUGUCAGCACAACUGGACAGUUUUAGUUUUUUGUGAACCUAUCUCAUCAUAUACAUAUAAUGUUCCCACAACCUAAAUAAACAUUCUGGAAACCUUUAAAUAACAGAUUAAAUGUGUUCUGUGAAUGUUCUUGCAACAUCUGGUGAAUUAUUUUUGCACCCUAAAAUAAACAUUGUAGAAUCAUCUGCACAAGUGGACAGUUUUUGUGUUUAGGGAACCUAUCUCAUCAUAUACAUAUAAUGUUCCCACAACCUAAAUAAACAUUCUGGAAACCUUUAAAGAACCGAUUAAAUGUGUUUUGGGAACAUUCUUGCAACAUCAGGUGAAUGAUUUAUACAAACAUUCUAUAAUCAUCAGCACAUUUUUACAUUUUAGUCAUUUAGCAGACGCUCUUAUCCAGAGCGACUUACAGUUAGUGAGUGCAUACAUUUUCAUACUGGCCCCCCGGGAAACGAACCCACAACCCUGACGUUGCAAGCGCCAUGCUCUACCAACUGAGCUACAAGGGACUUAAAUCUGGGACGUUUUUGUGUUAUGAGAAUAUUUGCCGCGCCCUAACGAAUGUUCUGGGAACUUUUACAGAACCAAUUUUUGUUUGUUGGGUCAAUGUUGUCCACAAAUGACAUCAACAGUGAACACUACAUACUGUGUCAUAUGAAAUAUAUCUUAUUAAAAGUAAAAUGAAGGUAUACUUGCACUCUGAUGUAGGGUUGCAAAAUUCUGGUAAUUUCCAGGAUUUCCAGAAAUCAUGGUCAGAUGAUUCCUGAUUUCCUUCUUAUUACCCCAUGAUUAUGGAAAUCUUCCAACCAGGAUUUCUGGGAAUUUUGGGCAAGUUAGAGGAAUUUAAUACUCUGAUGAUACUGUUUGCAGGUCCGGCUGCAGGGAUUAACAGGUAAUGUCCAGUUUGACCACUAUGGACGCAGGGUCAACUACACCAUGGACGUGUUUGAGCUGAAAAACAACGGACCCAGGCGGGUAAGAAGACUAGUACUGUGACCGCCUCACCCACCUGUGCUGCAGCUCACUGCCUCCCCACUUGUGCUGCACCUUACUGCCCACGCUAUCCAGCUAUCAUACCAUAACGCAGUCAUUUGAAAACAUAACAACUAUACGUUUGAAUAUCUAUUCUAGCCAUCACCAUAAGAGCUAUACCAUAAUACCACUAUACCAUAAUAACUCAAUCAUAUUGAAAACAUAAUAUGCAAAUUUGAACAAUUAAUAACUGUAUGUUUAAUUUCAUUCCGUUUGAAAUGACAGAAUAGAGCGAACUUCAUGUCAUUAUCUUUUUAUCUGUUUAGUAUUGUCUGUGUGUCUGUAGAAUCUAUGUAUUGUGUAUCAGUGAUCUCAAAAGUUUCUGCAUGAAUAGUAUACUCAGGCUUCGACUUUGUGUGUGUGUGUAUGUUUAGUGCUGUGUGUGUAUGUUUAGUGCUUUGUGUGUAUGUUUAGUGCUGUGUGUGUACUGUUUGUGCAGGACUCCAGCCAACUACGGUAGGUGGACAGAGAGCGGUUGAGCAGUAGAGAGAGAGGGGGAUGGAGGGAAGAGAGGAAGAGGGGGGUGAAGUGGAGGGUUGGAGAGGAAGAGGGGAGGAGGAGUGUGUUCAUCAAUCAGCAGGCUGCUUGGGCCUGCCCGCUGGCUGGCUGCGCACGCUAGGGUUCCUGUUAGGACAGGAGGGAGGGGGGCUGGGCACACACACACGCGCGCGAACAUACAGACACAUCCAUGCAUGCACAUGCGUGCACACACACACUCACGCAAGCACACACACACACCUCUCCACCGCCCCCCAAAGCUUGUCAAUCAUUCUUACCCUCAGCAGAGAGAGAGAGGAGCAGUUCACUGCCAGCCCGCCAUCACUUCCUCCCUCCCCCCCCCCACCCCCCCCCACCCCCCACUGCCGUCUUCUUUCUCCAUGGCAGACACCACCAGGAUAAUAUAGAACCCUGUCUAGCUUUAUUAUAUAACAUGUAUAAAACAGUAUAUAAGAAAAACAAUUUAUAUGGCAGACAUAUUGACUUCCUUAGCUUGACUCACCUAUUAUACGUACUGUAUACUAAAAAACUAAACAUAGUGUACUUUAAUGUACUCUACAAGCAUACAAUUUGUGUGGCUCUUAUCCUUUGCUUGUAUACACACAAAAUAUCUCAGAUACUCUCACAAAUCCUAACACCAAAUAAUGAACACAAAAAUACUGGAAACUACACACCAAAGAACACAUUCACUACGGUGAGUAAUCAAGACAAACACAUUCACAACAAAGAAAGUAUAUUAUGCAUGCAUGCGCACACACUGUACACACACUGCACACACACUGUACUACAUAAUGUACACACACUGUACACACAUUCUACACACACACCCUCUACACACACACACCCCUGCAUUUGACUCACUGUCCUCUCUUUGUCUCCAGAUGGGUUACUGGACGGAUUCAGAUAAGCUGGUUCUGAUCCAGAAUGAAGCCCUCCUUCCCAAUGAAAUCAUGGAGAACAGAACUGUUGUAGUCACCACUAUCAUGGUAAGACGCACUACAACCCUACACACACACAUGCGCAUACGUGCACACACACACAAAGAGACACGUGUGCACACACACGGAAGAGACACACAAGCACACAAGCACAAACGAGACACAGACACACACACCCUCUAGUGCGCACAUGUCUUAAUGUUCUCCCGGAAAGGGCUUUACUCUACCUUCCUUUGCCUCAGGCAGAUGUUCAAUCACACAAACACAAACAUAAUCCAACACACUCACCAACAUUGGCACUGCAGAUGCUUUUAAGACGUUGUUACGCUAGGCGUGAUUGAGAUGUCAUUGUAAACAUGUCACUGUAAGUGCAGUACCUACCAUGACUAGUCUAGUCCCCUUUAUAAAAUGCAUGAGCUGCACUCUGUAUCCUUGCCAGAGACUGCUACACAUGCAUUUUAAGAGUUGUCAGUUAAUGAGGCCAGACAAAGUGAGAUUCUAUACUCAAACACGCACACACACACACAUGCGCAUGCACACACACACACACAUGCACGCACACAGAAACUCUCUGGGAGGACGUGUGCUGUGAUGUCAGAAGGUUGUGUCCUCCUACACAACCCUCGUUGUUUACUUAGUGGGCCUAUUUACUAGGGCUCAGGACCCAAAUGAUACCUUGGACAUUUGGUUUCUCCUCCUUUUUGCACUGAUACUGUAACACUGUCUGCACCACAAUUCAAAAUGGCAGCCGGUUGCAUGUAAUGUGAACUUUGGGUAUUAAAUCAGGAUUGUCACACUACUGAGCUGAACCGAGCCGAGCCAAACCAAGCUGUGCUGAGCUGGCCUGGUAAUGCAUUCAUCCUAGUUGCUGGAACCGGGCUGAUUAGGACAAUGUGAAAAGAAAAUAUCCGGGGCCAGCACAGUUUGGUUCGGGUCGGCAUGAUAGUGUGAAAAGGGUGAAGAUUUACUGUGUUUCUGAAAGUAAAGGUGGUUGGUUAGAUAGAGGAGAUGGAGAGAACAGGGUAAGGAAAGACAAAGUGAGUAGAGGAGGGAUGGAAAUGGGAUUGGAGAGUCAUACCUCAGCAGAAUCCUCCUCUUUUCAGCCCCUGGUGAGGAACCCCAUUUUAAGAAACUGAGAAACUGGACACAAGCAGAGCCCAAAUGACACAUCCCUUUUUGGGAGACUGACGGACAGUGUUGGACACAGCCAGAGACAAAAUGAACCCCCUAAAGAAUUCUAACGCACACCGUAUUAGGAAACUGACCCAAGGGAAGGAUCUAUCCAGAGCCAAAGUGAACCCCUUCAAGAAGACCCAAAAUGGACACAGUCUGACCAAACGUUAAAGAAAAUGAACAAGAAUAUGGCAAGAUAGGAGCCACAAUGGACACUUCUUCCUGCCUAAAGACACAAAAAUGAUUGUUCUUCUUAUCAAACGUCACAUCAACAUGACUGCACUUAACUGUGUGUGUGUGUGUGUGUGUAUGUGUGUGUGUGUGUGUGUGUGUGUGUGUAUGCGUGCAAUUGGUCUCAACCAACUCUAGGAUAUAAAUGUUCUCAUUACAUGAAUUUCCAUGCCUGGCAUAUUGCAGGUGAUUAUGGCUAAUACAGUAUUUGAUAUUGAAAUGCAAAAAUGUAGGAAUGGAUGUUGAGAUUUUAACGAACUAGCUUAAAAAAUGCUCUGAGGCUGCUCUGAAUCCGUCAGUUUCCAUUCAGUUUUUGUAUAUAACAGCUUUAUAAUACACCUUCAAAAGCACUGCCUAAGAAAAAUACAUAAUACAUUUGGAUAAUUUCAGUUCAUACACAUCACCAGGCUUUUAUAGAGCAUGAUAAUAUCAGUGUUUAACCAUGCCGGCUGUGUCGGAUAGCGUCUCUAAUGUGUGUUUGCGCUUGAUAAUGCACUUGAUAAUGUUUGUUUACUGUAAUAUACACUAAUUAAGCUUUUACUUCAGUAUUACAUUCUGUGGCGACUACAAUAAGCCGAAACAGUAACACAACUGUUUUGGCAAUGCAUUGAACCUCAACUGUGCAGAAGUCUGUUAUUGUCAAAUACGAAGUUGAUUGAUAAAGUUUUGAGAGUAGAUGGAUGAGAUAUCAGGAGUAAGGCAUCCAUAUUAGGAAGUUGUCAGUUGUUAGACUUCCUAAUAUGGAUGCCGUCUAUGAGCUCCCCCUUGAUUCACCUAUGGUGAAGUUUCAUCUCCACACUAAACUUUGACGAAUGGAAAUUAGGUUUUUACUCGACUCUGCAAGUAAAAAUAGAAGAGAGAGAAAGAGAGAGGUGGGGAAAAGCUGGCAUGUUUUGUGAACAUCAAACCGGAAGGGACAAUGAAAUGUGAAGGGAACUCGGGAGUUGGCAUUCACACGGCGGAGGGGGAGCUUAGUUUGUUGUCCAUGCAAUGCUUUUGUUUGUGGUUUUUCUGGCUUUCAUCAGCUACCAUAUGGCCAAAGGAACGCUCCAGUGAAAAGAGUCAGGCAGGUACUGUAGCGUCUGUUCAGCUGUUUAUCAUGUUAAUAUGCUAUUCUUUCUGAUGACAAGCCUUCAUUUGGACUGGUAUAGGAAUCAUUCAUCCACAGUGGUAGCUCUGAAUAUGGCUAAUCUCGAGACUGACAGCAAACGCCUUUGUCUGUCGCUCACCUGAUUCAUAGGCUAUUUUUUAUUGUUGUUAAGUCGAUAAUGAAUAUACUUUAUAACAAUGGCACUCUGACUGAAUAUAUUUCGGCAGAGCUUUGAACCGCACACUUUUCUAAGCCUACAGUAUUGAAUGUCCCCUUAUGGUCUUGAGGUAAACAUCAUGUUUUAACCUUCUCAGAGUGUACGUGGGAUAACGUUGCGCCAAAACCCUACAAGGGACCUAAGGAGAACAUCACCUAAUGUCCUUAGAAUGGCCCCUGUUUGCUGGGGGUAUGUUAGAAUAAGAAAGGUAUGUCAGAAUCAGAAAUCGGGGUAGCCUCCAGUACAUAUCCAAUCAAUACCCACUACUACAGCUAGCAUAUGUCUCCUAUUUCACCAUGAGGAAUGAGAGAUGGCUUUAAGAUUGUUCUCAUUCAUCAAAUACCAAUUUCCACCUCAUAUCAAGGACAAGGCAACUGAAUGGUGCUUUACUCCAACAGCAGCAGCUGGGGGACUUACUGAGAGCACCUCAACGUUUUCAAAUAUAUUUUUCCACUCAUGCUUGGAAUGUGCUCAACUUACUGAAUGUCAUGCAGCCAAGUGAAAAAUAAAAGUUUGAUUUGUGCCAUAAGUGGUUGGUGAUGACUGCGACACAGAGAUGUUUAGAGAGAGAGAGAGACAGAGAGAGAGUCAAUAGUAUAUAGUCAAGAACCAUCAUUUUGAUGCUUAUUAUUGUACAUACUCCUCACCUAUCACACAGACUGUGUAUCUGUCAAUUCGAUUGUCAACUCCAACUCACACACUUACUGGACUCUCUUCCUUCUACUAAUGUGCGUGUGCGCGUGUGUGUAACGGCAUGUCUAAUUGGGUUCAUUACCCACUGAGACAAGGGGUGUGGGAGAUUAUUGACCGGCCUGUCAGCCAUGAUCAACUUGGACGUGGAGAGUCUGGAAACGUUUAAAAUCUGCUGCUGACUUUCAGCAUUCUUUCAGAGUUCUUUAAGCAUUUUGAAUGUUUUUUCAAUGUUCAACGUCCUUUCUGUCUGUCUCUAUCUCUGUCUGUCUCUCUCUGUCUUUCUGUCUGUCUUCAUCUGUCUCUCUCUGUCUGUCUGUCUCGCUUUCUUUCUUUUCUCUGUCUUUCUCUCCCCCUCACUUUCUCUUUCUUUCUCUUUCACUCUUUGUCUGUUUUUCUCUCCCCCCCCCCCUCUCUCUCUGUCUUUCUCUCCCCUUCUGUCUCUCUCUCUGUCUGUCUGUCUGUCUGUCUGUCUGUCUGUCUGUCUGUCUGUCUGUCUGUCUGUCUGUCUGUAUGUCUCUCUCUCUCUCUCUCUCUCUCUCUCUCUCUCUCUCUCUCUCUGUCUCUCUGUCUCUCUCUCUAUGUCUCUCUCUCUCUCUAUGUCUCUCUCUGUCUCUCUCUCUCUCUCUCUCUCUGUCUCUGUCUCUGUCUCUUUCAUACUGUAUCAGAGUACCAUUUUAAAUAAUAGCCAGUGUAACGUUCAAUAGAUGUUUUAUCGUCCACAUCUGUGUUCAAGAAGUUGAAACAUUUGUACAUAAUCUUUGAACAGGAACUCCAUAUUCAUAGAAAAGCAAUCGUGUGCAUCCAUUUUGAAAGACCACACAAUAUCAUACUGUAACCACUAUUUGUUGCUGAAUUGUGUAGGCCUAUUUCUUGGUCAUGUCUACAACAUACAUACUGUACGUGUUUGUGCACGCUUGUUUGCUAUCUGUCUAUUUUUGAGUGAAAGAACAAAGUUAAUCCAACGAGCAAAACUGGUUGAAAUGACGUAAUCAGUACGUUAUAAUCACGUCAAUUCAAACAGUUUAAAAAAUUUAUUAAAAUAAUAUCACUUCAACAACAUUUUGAAACUGGUAGAAUUUACAUCAUUAUGUCACUCAUUAUGACCUGGUGUCAACCAGUUAUGCUCGCUGGGUAAGUCAGUGUCUGUGAGUGGCGGACAUGUUUGCCAGUUUGACCCUGUGGUCCCUGUGGUGUGUGUGUCACUUUGUAGGAGGGUCCAUAUGUCAUGUUGAAGAAGAAUUGGGAGUUGUACGAGGGCAACGACCAGUAUGAAGGCUACUGCGUGGACCUGGCCUCGGAGAUUGCCAAACACAUUGGCAUCAAGUACAAGAUUGCUAUCGUGCCCGACGGAAAGUACGGCGCCCGGGACCCGGAGACCAAGAUUUGGAAUGGCAUGGUUGGGGAGCUGGUGUACGGGGUAAGAGGGACAGGGGACUGAGGGGUGGGGUAGGGGGUGUCUGUGUGUGCGCUUGUGUGUGUGUGUGUGUGUGUGUGUGUGUGUGUGCGCGCACACCUUGAUUUUGUUGACCCACUUUUUAUGUUUAUUUUAUGCUGGGUUUCACUCACAUUUGACAUUUCUAAAUCUGUUUAGUUAAAGGCAACCAAUGAACUGAAAGACACAGAAUCAGUUGUUUUAAACACAAAACACAGAUGGCUUUAUAUCUGUUGAAGUUGUCAGUUACCUUGACCAAACUAAACCUUGGGAUAGGGGAUCUUUUGGUGCUUAUUAGGGUGGAAAAAUUCUGUUAACUUUUCCAGAAUCCUGUUAACUUUUCCAGAAUUCCAGAAAUCCUUCCAGAUUCCCACUUGAUUCCUGGAAUCUCACAACCGGGAUCAAAAUAAAUAAAUAAAGGGAAUUUGGGGAAUGUUAGCGGAAUUGUGCAAUCCUAGUGCUUACAGCUAAGAGAUACAGGCUGUUACAAGGUGCUGGUGCUAGGGGCUAGAGCUGGGACCAGUGUAGUGAGUUUAGUUUGAUAGAGGUGUAGGGGUUAAAGAGUGCUUUGUGUGUGAUGUGUUAAGUGUAAGAGGUGAGAGGGUUAAAUGAUGCCGGUGCUUAGCUACCUCCUGUAUGUUGCUAAGAGAUAACAGGAUUCAUGUACAGGUGUAGGGGGUGUUUGUACUAGGGGUGAAAAAUGAAAGUACUGUACUUCAAAAGUGUGUGUGUGUGUGUACAUGCGUGUGUGUGUGAAGGCUUAGAGAAAUUGCAGGGCUCUUACGGUGCAGAGGGAAGCUGUGAGCCCAGAGCUUACCCGUCAGCACUUUGCUGUCUCUAAGACCUUGCCUGGUGACCAUUCACCCUCUGACAGUCCUUUUCAAAGCCUGUGUCACCGUAAAAGGUCUCCCCCCAUUUCAGCCCUGUCAUGUAUUUGAAUGCUUCCUCAAUGCAAGCCAACCUGUCACCUUAGUAAAUUUAUGCUGAGGAUGAGGGAAUUUGUAUCUCUGUUUUUUCUCUCUCUCUCCAUCCAUGCAACGUGUUGGCUUGUUGUAAUAUAAAAAACGUUCAUUUAUUUUUUUGCGGAUAAAUCCCAAAUUCCCCACUGCAGACAUCCAGGCAGGAAAGGUCGGAAGUGUUGCUAAAUCACUAACAAUAAUCUGGUUUGUGGAUUUGCCGCAAAGAAGCAAUACGCGCUCUCACAGAACCUGUAUCCAAUUUUUGCCAUCUUGUGUUGUAAGCAUAUUUCUCCAACGGCGUUAUUUGAUUCCAUUCUCCUUCCGAUCCGCGGCCUUUCGAAUUAAGCCGUUAGGAUUAGAGCUACUGCCCGUGUUUUUCUAUUCCAAACUGGAUCAUUGUAAGACGUGUUCAAUCAAAACAAGUGGCAAAAUGAAAUGAAAAAAGGCGGGAUGGGGAGGAAAUACUGGUGAUUGUUGUUGUUGUUGUUGUUGUUGUUGUUGUUUGGUUUGUGAUUGGCAUACUUAGUGAUUGUGUCAGAAAGGAGGAUAGAUACAGUGCAUUCGGAAAGUAUUCAGACCCCUUGACUUUUCCACAUUUUGUUACUUUACAGCCUUAUUCCAAAAUUGAUUAAAUACUUUUUUAAAUACAAAAUUGAUUAAAUACUCAGACCCUUUACUCAGUACUUUGUUGAAGCACCUUCAUUUGCACCUGUAUUUGGGGAGUUUCUCCCAUUCUUCUCUGCAGAUCCUGUCAAGCUCUGUCAGGUUGGAUGGGGAGCAUCGCUGCACAGCUAUUUUCAGGUCUCUCUAGAGAUGUUAGAUCGGGUUCAAGUCUGGCUGGGCCACUCAAGGACAUUCAGAGACUUGUCCCGAAGCCACUCCUGCGUUGUCUUGGCUGUGUGCUUAGGGUCAUUGUCCUGUUGGAAGGUGAACCUUCGCCCCAGUCUGAGGUCCUGAACGCUCUGCAGCAGGUUUUCAUCAAGGAUCUCUCUGUACUUUGCUCCGUUCAUCUUUCACUCGAUCCUUAUUAGUCUCCCAGUCCCUGCCGCUAAAAAACAUCCCCACAGCAUGUUGCUGCCACCACCACGCUUCACCGUAGGGAUGGUGACAGGUUUCCUCCAGACGUGACAUUUUGCAUUCAGGCCAAAGAGUUCAAUCUUGGUUUCAUCAGACCAGAGAAUCUUGUUUCUCAUGGUCUGAGAGUCCUUUAGGUGCCUUUUGGCAAACUCCAAGUGGGCUGUCAUGUGCCUUUUACUGAGGAGUGGCUUCCAUCUGGCCACUCUACCAUAAAGGCCUGAUUGGUGGAGUGCUGCAGAGAUGGUUGUCCUUCUGGAAGGUUCUCCCAUCUCCACAGAGGAACUCUGGAGUUCUAUCAGAGUAACCAUCGGGUUCUUGGUCACCUCCCUGACCAAGGCCCUUCUCCGCCGAUUGCUCAAUUUAGCCAGGCGGCCACCUCUAGGAAGAGUCUUGGUGGUUCCAAACUUCUUCCAUUUAAGAAUGAUGGAGGCCACUGUGUUCUUGGGGACCUUCAAUGCUGCAGAAAUAUUUUGGUGUACUUCCUUAGAUCCGUACCUCGACACAAUCCUGUCUUGGUGCUCUACGGAAAAUUCCUUUCGACCUCAUGGCUUGGUUUCUGCUCUGACAUGCACUGUCAACUGUGGGACCUUAUAUAAAUCAUGUCCAAUCAAUUGAAUUUACCACAGGUGGACUCCAAUCAAGUUGUAGAAACAUCUCAAGGAUGAUCAAUGGAAACAGGAUGCACCUGAGCUCAAUUUUGAGUCUCAUAGCAAAGGGUCUGAAUACUUAUGUAAUUAAGGUAUUUCUGUUUUUUUUUUUUUUAUACAUUUGCAAACAUUUCUAAAAACCUGUUUUCACUUUGUGAUUAUGGGGUAUUGUGUGUAGAUUGAUGAGAAUUACAUUUUACUUAAUCCAUUUUAGAAUAAGGCUGUAACGUAACAAAAUGUGGAAAAAGGGAAGGGGUCUGAAUACUUUCCGAAUGCACUGUAGAUGUGUGAAUGGUCGACUAGGAAGACAGAGUUCUCGGGCAGUAUCCAUCAAGCGUCUCAGUAUAGGAAUGAUGAUUUAGGAUCAGUUUUGCCUUUUAGAUAAUAUUACAUUGACAGGAGGGACCUGAUCCUAGAUCAGCAGUCCGGCUCUGAGAUACUUGAUACAUACAGCCCCUGGCUUUUCUGGCUCUGACAUACUGUAGCUGAUCUUAUAUGUAUAGUAUGUCCUUUUGGGAACAAUUAAUCUUUAGUACAAUAUAUUUGGAUAGGGGCUCGCCUCAGGCUCACACUCACUCACUGUAGUGCGUGAAGUUGACAGUGCUGAAUAAGGUGGAAGGAGAACAAAAAACAGAUACUGUCUACUGUAGUCUACCUUUUUGUCCACCGUUUUGUCUACUGUUGUCUACUGUUUUGUCUACUGUUGUCUAUUCUUCUGUUGACUGUUGUUUGUCUACAGUUUUAUUAGGUGCUUAGAUUACUCUCCAGUCAAAAGGCUAACCACUUCCCCCCUUUCCCCUUCCUUCUCUCCUUCUCUCCCCCCGGCCCACAUGAAGAAAGCGGAAAUCGCUGUGGCCCCAUUGACAAUCACACUGGUCCGGGAGGAGGUGAUCGACUUCUCCAAGCCCUUCAUGUCGCUGGGCAUCUCCAUCAUGAUCAAGAAGCCCCAGAAGUCCAAACCUGGGGUGUUCUCCUUCCUGGACCCGCUGGCCUACGAGAUCUGGAUGUGCAUUGUGUUCGCCUACAUUGGCGUAAGCGUGGUGCUCUUCCUGGUCAGCCGUUUCAGCCCGUACGAGUGGCACACCGAGGAGCCCGAGGAGGGCACCGACGGUCCGCCCAGCGACCAGCCCCCCAACGAGUUUGGCAUCUUCAACUCCCUCUGGUUCUCCCUGGGUGCCUUCAUGCAGCAGGGCUGUGACAUCUCCCCC